AUGCAACUCCAGCACCUCGCCGCGCUCGGCCUAGUCGCCCCCAGCGCCGCCCAAGCCAUCCAAGGCUUCAACUACGGCUCGACCAACAACGACGGCUCCUGCCGAGGCUACGACGACUUCAAAUCCCUCUUUAACCGCGCCAAGAACCUCGCCGGCGCCCCGGGCUUCGCAUCAGCACGCCUCUACACCUCCAUCCAGUGCGGCACGGCCGCGGACCCCAUCUCGGCCUACCAGGCCGCCAUCGACACCGACACGUCGGUGCUCGUCGGUCUGUGGGCCAGUGGUGGCCGCGCGGGCUACGAGAACGAGCUGAACGCGCUCGUCGCGGCGGCGAACUCGCUGGGCGCCGCGUUCGCGGACCGCGUGCUGGCGAUCAGUGUCGGGUCCGAGGACUUGUACCGGAGCAGUCCGCAGGGCGUUGCCAAUAAUGCGGGGGUCGGUGCCACGGGCGUCGAGAUCGAGGGCUUUAUCGGCUGGUUGCGAGAUUGGCUUCGUGGCACGGUUCUGGAGGGGAAGCCGAUCAUACACGUCGAUACUUGGACUGCCUGGGUCCUACCCGAGAACACCGGCGUCAUCUCCGCCGUCGACUUCCUCGGCCACAACUCAUUUCCCUACUUCGAGAACACCAAGCCGAACGCCAUCUCGCUAGCCUCCGUCAACUUCUUCUCGGCCGUGGCGGCGACAGAGAGCGUGGCCCAGGGCAAGCCCGUCUGGGUUACCGAGACGGGAUGGCCCACCUUGGGACCUAUGCAACGUGACGCGGUUGCAUCCGUUGAGAACGCGAAGAACUAUUGGGAAACCGUUGGCUGUUCCCUCUUUGGGAAGCGUAACACGUUCUGGUACACCCUCGUGGACGCGAACACCGCACAAUCGGAUAUCUCAUUUGCUCUCACUCCUCUUGACAGCGCCACACCGAAGUUCGAUUUGGCUUGCUCUUGA